AUGAAUCGGCGGUCGCGGUUCGAGCAGCUGGCCGAGUGCGUCCCCAGUUUCUUCUUGGCGUCGGACCCAGGGCCGUCAUGGCGUCACAGCAGCCCCGUCACCACCCCCACCACCACGCUCACGGCCACCGCCACCCGCGCGGCCUGCUCCACCACCGCCGUCACCGCCACCACUGCCUCCACCUACGUGGCCAUCGCCUCCACCUCCUCCUCGUCCGCCUACGUGGCCGUCGCCUCCACCUCGCAGGGCUACGCGAGCGCCUCCACCUCCCUCAACUGCCCGACGCCAGGCAGCUCCCGCGCCCACCUCGCGCCGUCGCCGUCGACCUCCGCCUGCAGGCUCCAGCUCAGCCCGGCGUCGUCCAAGGGCUACGGCACCAUCACGAGGGCCAGGGGCGUCCUCAGCCCGACGCCCACCUUCGUCACGGCGACGCCCUCCGACGCUAGCUUCCAACACGUCCGGUUCACGACGCACAGGUGCAUAAAGGUGAAAGUUGAGCUGCUCACGAAGGGUUAUCGACCUUCACGCCCACGCUUGCAGGGUCAGAGGGCUAAGGUCAAUGACUUCACACAUUCACGUCGUUGUACAAGGAAAAUUAUGCCUUAG